UUGUCCCCACAAUUCAGGAACUUAAAUCCAGCGGUGUGAUGCUUGGAGGGAACGGCCUGAUCCGGUGCGAAGGUGCAGGAGUGCCUGCCCCGGACUUUGUGUGGUACAAAGGAGAGAGGAAACUGAUCAAUGGUCAACAAGGAAUCACUAUUAAAAAUUAUAGUACAAGAUCCCUUCUUACUGUUACCAAUGUGACAGAAGAGCACUUUGGCAACUAUACAUGUGUCGCUGCCAACAAGCUAGGGACGACCAAUGCCAGCCUGCCUCUCAACCAAAUUAUUGAGCCUACUACCUCUAGUCGUGUGUCAAGCCCAGCUCCCAGCACAGCCCAGUACGGCAUCACCGGGCACGCCGAGGUGCUCUUCUCCUGCUGGUCCCUGGUGCUGACGCUCUCCUCCCUCAGCAGCAUAUUCUACCUGAAGAACAUCCUUCUGCACUAAAUGUAAAGACCCAUAAAAGGCUUUUAAGGAUUCUCUGAAAGUGCUGAUGACUGGAUCCAAUCUGGUAGAGUUUGUUAAAAGCGGCGUGGGAUAUAAUCAGUGCUUACAUGGGGAUGAUCGCCUUCUGUAGAAUUGCUCAUUAUGUAAAUACUUUAAUUCGACUCCUUUUUUUUGAUUAGCUGCAUUACCUUGUGGAGCAGUACACAUUGUCCUUUUUUAAGACGUGAGAACUCUGAAAUUACUUUUAGAGGAUAUUAAUUGUGAUUUCAUGUUUGUAAUCGACAAGUUUUCAGAAGCAUUCAGUCAUGGUCUGCUGACUCGCAGACUGUAGUUUACAAAAAAGGAUAUUGCAGUAAAAAUGUGCUUCUUUAAGGCUGCAAUACAAACAUUCAGUUCCCUCCUCAACUAGCAUUCUAUCCAAACUUACACAAAAAACAUUCGUUCUUUUUUGAGUAAAAAAAAAAUUGAAUAAUAUUGCCUUCAAAAUACUUCAAAAUAUUACACAUAUCUAGAUUUUCUUCUAGCAUGAUAUUCAGGUUUCAAGAAUGAGCCUUGUACUAUAACUGCGUUGCGCAGUACCGCUUUUGUUCUCUUCCCUCCUUCCUGCCAGUUCAGCAUGGUUGUGCCUUCAUGAAACACGACUUUCCUCUUCCUCUCCAACCGGUCUGGAAUGUGUUCUGGGAAAUGCUGGAGCAUCCUUUGGAGCGUAGGAGAUGUCUGGGUGAGGCCAGAGGAGCCUGGGAUCCCGGGAAAGGCUCCUGUCCCCCUGCAGGAGCUGCUCCAGGGCAGGGCUCAGCUCAAGGGCAGCACCAACUCCUUCCUGUCCCUCCCUCCACCACCACUGAGCAGUAGGUGACCUCUGUAAAAACGACAUUUCCCGUUAGAAAACAGAGCUCCAACGAUUUUGUGGCACCUUUUGAAUGUCGGAAUGUUCCCCCAAAGCCAAAUUCCCACCUGGCUGCAAAUGUCAGGACCGUCCCUUUUGUAUUGCUGGCAAAGCCGACGUGAAUUGGUAUUUUUCUUGCACUCAAUUUUGUACUGGUUUGGCUGAUUUAGCAAUGAUAAAGGAUGCUUUGAACCAUGA